GUUCGACAUUAAUUCUUUCUCUUCUUCAUUCUGCCGACUGCACCGGAUUCCCGCAACCUAAAACUCCGUCGAAUUUCCUUCUUCGUUUGCGCUGUAAUCGAAAUUCCCUUCCUAUCUCCGGAAUUCAGAUUCUUUUCCAUCUAAAUUUUAGGGCAAAGAAAGAAAGAGAGAAAGAAAUCUGUCUGUUUAUCAUGCGAGGCCAUGAUUGGAUCAACACGUGUCUUCCGGACGAGUUAAUCGUUGAGAUCUUCAGGCAUCUCGACUCGAAGCCGAGCCGCGACGCCUGUUCUCUAGUCUGCUGGCGGUGGCUAUCCCUCGAGCGCCUCAGCCGUACUACUCUCCGCAUCGGCGCGUCCGGUAACCCGGACCUAUUCGUCAAACUGCUCGCGGGCCGUUUCCACAAUGUCAAGACCAUUCACAUUGAUGAGCGACUUUCCAUUUCUAAUCCUGUCCCUUUUGGAAGAAGAAGGCUGAGUGAUCAUUCUGCGCCGUUUCUUAAGGUACAUUCUGAGAAAGACGACGGCCAGUUGGAAUCGUACAGUUUAUCUGAUGGUGGAUUGAAUGCUCUUGGCCAUGGCUUUCCAAGGCUUGAAAAUUUAAGCUUACUAUGGUGCUCUACUAUCUCAAGUGCGGGUUUAACGGCACUCGCCUACAGUUGCAUUUUCUUGAAGUCUUUGGAUUUACAGGGUUGCUAUGUUGGAGAUCGUGGUUUGGCAGUUGUUGGAAAGUGUUGUAAGCAGCUUGAAGAUUUGAACUUACGCUUUUGUGAAAGUUUGACUGACACAGGCUUGAUUGAGUUAGCCCAAGGCUGUGGAAAAUCACUAAAGUCUCUCGGUGUUGCAGCUUGUGUAAAAAUUACUGACAUAUCAUUGGAAGCUGUGGGUUCUUACUGCAAAUCUCUUGAAACUUUAUCUCUCGAUUCUGAAUCGAUCCAUACUAGUGGUGUUCUUUCUAUAGCCCAAGGAUGCCCUUCUUUGAAAGUAUUGAAGCUGCAAUGUACCAAUGUUACAGAUGAGGCUUUGAUAGCUGUCGGAACCUGUUGUUUAUCACUAGAGUUGCUGGCUUUAUGCAGUUUCCAGCGAUUUACUGACAAGGGAUUGCGCUCCAUCGGGGAUGGGUGCAAGAAAUUGAAAAAUCUUACUCUAAGCGAUUGCUAUUUCUUGAGUGACAAGGGUUUAGAAGCAAUUGCCAGUGGCUGUAGAGAACUAACUCAUCUUGAAGUUAAUGGCUGCCACAUUAUUGGAACACUUGGACUGGAGGCCAUUGGAAGAUCUUGCUCACACCUCACGGAGUUGGCUUUGUUAUACUGCCAGAGGAUUAGUAAUCAUGCUCUUCUGGAGAUUGGAAAGGGUUGUAAGUUCUUACAGGCUCUUCAUCUGGUAGAUUGUUCUAGUAUUGGUGAUGAUGCCAUUUGCAGUAUAGCUAAAGGCUGCAGGAACUUGAAGAAACUUCAUAUCCGUCGAUGUUAUGAGAUUGGAAACAAGGGAAUCGUAGCAAUUGGUGAGCAUUGUAAGUUUCUCAUGGAUCUUAGCCUUCGGUUUUGUGAUAGGGUGGGGGAUGAGGCCCUUAUUGCCAUAGGUCAAGGUUGCUCCUUGCAUCACCUGAAUGUUAGUGGCUGUCACCUAAUUGGUGAUGCAGGAAUAAUAGCUAUUGCAAGAGGAUGCCCGGAACUCAGUUACCUAGAUGUGAGCGUACUUCAGAAUUUGGGGGAUAUGGCAAUGGCUGAAUUAGGAGAAGGCUGUCCAUUACUGAAGGACGUUGUGCUGUCACACUGUCGUCAAAUAACUGAUGUUGGUCUAGCACAUCUUGUCAAAAAUUGCAGCAUGCUGGAGUCCUGCCACCUGGUUUAUUGCCCAGGUAUAACUGCAGCUGGAAUCGCCACGGUGGUGUCUAGUUGUACAAACAUAAAGAAGGUUCUGGUGGAGAAAUGGAAGGUCAGUGAGAGGACAAAAAGAAGAGCAGGCUCUGUCAUUUCCUAUCUAUGUGUCGACCUUUAGAUUCCGCACCGUGAGGAGUUCCAAUCUGUUUAUUCCAGUUGUACAAGCAAAGCACUUGCUCAAUGACCUUUAGAUUCCGCACCGUCAGGAGUUCCUCGACCUUUUGGAAUUUCUUCUCCUUCCAGUUGGAAAUCAGAUUUCUUUUGUGUUAUAAUUAUUUGUAAUAAAUUAUUGGGUACAGAAGUACCCAUAAUAUAUUAUGUUAAAGAAGAAUUAGGAAAUUUUUGUGUUUAUGUAGAAAAUAGGAAUGAAAGCCGAUUUUGGGUCUCAAACUUUGUGUACGUUCAAGUUACUAUUUGAUCGACCUUUUGACUCAUUAAACACAAAAGUUUAAAAAUUUAAAGCUA